AUGUCGUGCGUCUUUUAUAAAUUCACUUCUGUGCUCAAAUACAAGUCCAUCACAUUCAACGGCUUUGACAUCUGCCUGAGAGACCUCAAAUACAAGAUCAUGAAGAGCGAGAAGCUGAAGAUGACCACCUGUGACCUGGAAGUGACCAAUGCGCAGACCAAAGAAGAAUACAUAGAUGACAGCGCUCUUAUUCCUAAGAACACCUCGGUCAUAGUUCGCAGAGUCCCUGCUAGAGGAGGCAAAGCUACCGGCAAGACGUGUGCUACCUACAGAGGAAAGGCCAAGGGUGUCCAGCUGGAGAACCAGGCCACCAAGAAGUUCCCUUCAGACCUGGUAUCUGUGCUCCAGGUUUUAAAGACGGCCAAUCUGGCUGAAGCCAGUGCUUCCGAGGAAGACAAAAUCCAAGCUAUGAUGAACCAGUCUUACUGUGGAUAUGACCCAAGCAAUUACGUGAAGAAACCCUUGGGUACACCUCCACCAUCACAUACUUGCUACCGCUGUGGGGAACCUGGCCACUACAGAAAGAACUGUCCGACCAAUGGGGCUGUGGAGAAGUUCAAGAAUGGGACUGACUACAGAAAAAGGCUGCGUGAGGAGACUGAGCGGGAGCGGGCGCUAAUGCCACCGCUUCCACCACCACCACCACCACUCAUGGCUGUUCCACCUCCUGUUUCUCAGGUUGACAAUCAUGUUGAUAACACUCUGAUGUUUUAG